AAGGCAGUGCAUCCCUGCUCUCCAAGUGCCAUGAUGCCAUCCAAGGACAACAAGAAGAAGAAAGAUGCUGGAAAGUCCGCCAAGAAAGACAAAGACCCCAUGAACAAGUCGGGGGACAAGGCCAAAAAGAAGAAGGGGUCCAAAGGCAGAGUUUGGGACAAGCUCAAUAGUAUGGUCUUGUUUGACAAAGCCACGUAUCACAAGCUCUGUAAGGAAGUUCCCAACUACUAGCUUAUAGCCCUCGCUGCAGUCUCGAGAGGCUCCUUGGCCAGGUCAGCUCUUCAGGAGCUCCUUAGUAAAGGAUUUAUUAAACUAGUCUCAAAGCACAGAACUCAAGUGAUUUACACCAGAAACACCAAAGGUGGGGACUCCCCAGCUGCUGGAGAAGAUGCAUGAACAAUAGAUCUCACCGGCUGUACAUUUUGAAAAAUAAACCUUUAUUAAGUC